AUCUGGGCGCUGGGCAUGAAGUUUGCCGUGGAGGAGAUCAACAACUCGACCACACUGCUGCCGGGCAUCGAACUGGGCUAUGAGCUCUUUGACAGCUGCAUGGAGCCCAUGGUGGUCCUCCAGCCCAGCCUGCUCUUCCUCUCCAAAAUGCACACCAGCCGCAUCCGGGUCUCUUGCAACUACACCAACUACCAGACCCAAGUGGUGGCCGUCAUUGGUCCCCACAACUCUGAGCUCUGCAUGGUGACGGCAAAGCUCUUUAGCUUCUUCCUGAUCCCACAGGUGAGCUAUGGAGCCACGUCAGAAAAGCUCAACAAUGCAGAACUCUACCCUUCCUUCUUCCGCACGGUGCCCAGCGACAAGAUCCAGAUCGAAGCCAUCUCCGAACUCUUGCUUGCUUUCCAGUGGAACUGGGUUGCGAUCGUGGCCAGUGACGACGAAUACGGCCGCGAAGGCCUGAGCCUCUUGUCCUCCAUAGUCAUCAACCAAAGCAUUUGCAUCGCCUACGAGGGACUCAUCCCUGCAGACAUGUCGCACGCCAACCUCCAAGAGAAGAUGACCCAAACCAUCCACUCCAUCAACGAGACCAAUGUCAACGUCAUCAUCCUGUUCUCCAAAGACCGACCGGUCCGAGAGUUCUUCAAAAUGUGGUUCAAAUUAGGAUUGAAUAAGAAGGUAUGGCUAGCCACUGAAGCUUGGGUGAUGUCUGAUGUGGUCAUCUCCUUAGACCGCGUCAAGGACAUCGGAACGGUCAUUGGCUUUGUCAUCAAGGCAGGGACGGUCCCUGAGUUUGAGGAUUAUGUCUCCAAUCUCUUGGAACUGACCCAACAAGACGCCUUCUGCCAGGCGUCCAGGGAGCAAGCAAAACAGUUGGGUCCUGACGUCCUGGGGCCACAGUGCCAGCAAUGCAGCAACAUUUCCCGCGACAAAGUCACCGAAGUCCUGCAGCAUCGGCAGACCUUUGCCGUGUACACUGCAGUGUACGGAGUGGCUCAUGCCCUCCACAAGACGUUGCGCUGCCAACGUGGGCAGUGUCAGAAACUCGGCGUCAAGCCUUGGCAGCUGCUGGAGAAGCUGAACGGCAUCCAUUUCAGUAUCCACAACCAGUCUUUCCAUUUCGAUGAGCAUCACAGCAUCAACAUGGGCUACGAAGUCAUGUGGUGGAGCUGGCCCAAUAAGCGCAUUAAGCACGUCAGCAUCGGAGACUUCCAUGGAAAGCUGAGCAUCGACAAAUCCAAGGUCCAUUUUCAUACUGGAGAUCAAAAGGCACCGCUGUCAGAGUGUCGGACUACAUGUUCACCGGGGCAGAUCCGUCGGAUGAAGGGGUUCCACCUCUGCUGUUACGACUGCAUUGACUGUGAGAGCGGCACUUUCUACAGUUCCUCAGGCGACUCAACUUGCACCCCAUGCCCUGAGCACCAGUGGUCUCCGCAACGCAGCACUCGGUGUUACGACCGAAGUGAGAAAUACAUCUUCUGGUCCGACCCGAUGGCCAUCUGCUUAUUGGGCUUGUUGCUUGUUAUCUUGGCGCUCAUCUGCCUUUCAGGGGUGCUGUUCCUAAAGAACAUCCAGACACCGGUAGUGCAAGCAGCUGGAGGCGGCCAGGGCCCCUUGGGCCUCUUCGGCCUGGCCAUGAUGUGCGUUAGUACCAUCCUCUACAUUGGCAAGCCCACCCCCAUCAUCUGCCAAAUGCAGCAACCGUCAUUCGCCCUGUGCCUCAACCUUUGCUUCUCCACCAUCUCGGCCAAAGCCCUUCAGAUCAUGUUGGCGCAUGACUUUGCUGACAGCCGGCCGAACUGCCUCCACGCCUUCAUCAGGAGACGUUCCUGGGCCUUUGUGGCUGGGUCCUUCCUGGUGGAGCUCUCGCUCUGCUUAGUGUACUUCUAUGGCACCCCGUCUGUCCUGAUCAAGAACUAUAAGCUCUUGCCCACCGAAGUCCUCCUCCAAUGCCAGGUCCAGUAUUGGGGCAACUUUGCCAUAAUCCAUGGGCAAAACAGCAUCUUGGCAUUCAUCUCUUUCCUUUCCACUUUCAUGGUGCAGUCGUCUCCCAAGAAGUACAAUAUUGCCCGGAGCAUCACCUUUGCCAUGAUCACUUACUUCAUCUCCUUGAUCAUCUUUAUACCCGUCUAUGCCACUGUUAAGCAAGUGACCCAACCAGCCAUACAGAUCAGUGCCAUGUUACAGUGUACCCUUGGGAUACUUGCGUCUUAUUACCUCCCGAAAUGCUACAUCCUUCAGUUUAAGCCGGAAUGGAACACGCAGGACUAUUUUCAAGAUUAUACCCAGGAGAAAGAUACCCAAAAUUAGCUCCUUUGAGACAGGAAGGGACAUUUGACCACUGCUCAGGAAAGUGGAGAAAUAGCACCAUUUGUCUUAAGAGCCUGCUUUAAAUGUGUUUGCUUUAAGAAAAUCUUUGUUUUUAAAUUCAAAUUCAGAGAAGGAAUCACUGGUGUAGAUGAUACAGAACUAAAUGGAUGGAUGGCUGAGCUGAUAUUGGGCCCAUACA